AUGUCAGCUGUGGGAGCUGCAGCCCCAUACCUGCAUCUUCCUGCUGAUGGUCACAGUGGCCGGGGCAGUUUCCUGGGAGUCCAGCUCCCUCCUGAGGUGGCAGCAAUGGCCCGACUCCUGGGGGAGCUGGACAGGAGCAAGUUUCGAAAGUUGCUAAAGCUGGUUGUCAGCAGCCUGCAUGGGGAGGACUGCCGAGAGGCAGUGCAGAGCCUUGGAGCCAGCAUGGGCCUGCCGGAAGAGCGCCUGGGCAUUCUCCUGGCAGGUGUGCACACCCUGCUCCGACAGGCCCUGCGGCUACCCCCGGCCAGCUUGAAACUUGAGGCCUUCAAGAGCGAGCUCCAGGAACUUUGCAUCCCCCAGGACCUGGCUGGGGACCUGGCCAGUGUAGUGUUUGGGAGCCAGCGGCCCCUUCUGGAUUCUGUGGCCAGGCAGCAGGGAGCCUGGCUGCCCCACAUGGCCAACUUCCGGUGGCGGGUGGAUGUGGCCAUCUCUACAAGCUCCCUGUCCCGCUCCCUUCGGCCGAGCGUCCUGAUGCAGCUAGAGCUCUCUGAUGGGUCGGUAUACUGCUUUGAAGUCCCCACGGCCAAAUUCCAGGAGCUGAGAUAUGGUGUGGCCGUGAUCCUGAAGGAGAUGGCCGAUCUGGAGAAGAGGUGUGACCACAAACUCCAGGACUGA